CGCAGUUAGUCUCAGCACAGCCGCAACGGAGUGUGCACGCGCCAGAGCAGAGCAGUUAAAAAAUAGCUUGAAAAAAAGGCUUAAAAAAUAGGCUUUCAGUCUUGUGGCUUAGCUACUAGAGUGUUCCAUAAACCGUCAAGAGCUUAGAGUCCCGAACUAGUUUGCCGAAUGUGAAUGCGAAAAUUAAUCAUUUUUCCAAAUUCGAAAAAAAGUUGUGGCGGUUUACCAGCUUUUGCAACCGAAAAUCACAAGAGAAAAACAAGUUGAUAUUUUGUCAAUUCAAAAUUGUUUGCAUUGCAAUAUUGAGUGAUUGAGAAAAGCCCCAAAAAAAAGUGACACACCACAUAAAAAAUACACUGUAUAACCUUCGAAACUAAAAACGAACUAAAAAUAAACACACACAAAGUAGCCCAAGUGAAGACACUAAGACACCAAUAAUUGAAUUUCGAUCGACCCUUACCACCCACCCACCUUUCGCUCACCUGGCCAAAAAUGGAUGCCCCCAAGCAGAUGCAGGACUAUUGGCAUAUUCCCCGCGCCUCUCUGGCCUCUUCCUCGAGCUCGGCCAUUAGUUCGGCCAGCUCCUCAAAGUCCUCGAACAAAUCCCAUUCGAAUCCGCCCACCCUCAACCAGCGCAGCUCCCCCAGCAACAUCGCCAACACCAACAGCAAUAAUAAUGCGACAAGUGCUGCUGUUACGGCGGCAGCGGCGGCGGCUGUUCUGGCGGCUGCCAAAAGGGGAUCACGGAGCUCUCAGGGCUCCAGCGAUAGCAACAACAGCACACGGAGUGCUGCUUCCGGCUCACUGCUGUUGACGGCGGCGAAUCUGGAACGCUUUGCGGAGAUCCACAAGAAGCAGGAGCGCCGCAACAAGAUGCUGAUGGACAGCAACAGCAGUAGCAGUCACAACAAUGCCAGCCACCAGCCCUCGGCGUCCAACUACAAUGCCAACCUGGCGCUGGCCAGCGGCAAGGAUGCAGUUAUCGAGAUCGGAGGUCAGGCCGCCGGAUCGCAAGAUCCCAACUUGCAGUACAUCAAAACCAAAGACCUGGACACCGUGUCCAUAGCCAGCUCCAUGCACUUCACGAUGGUCAACGGCGAAGGUGGUCCGCCCAAGAAACCGAAGCGUGGUCUCUGCGAUCGCGGACGCCAGGUCACCGUUUUGAUUGUCAGCAUGAGCACCAUCUUCAUGCUGCUCAUCAUGGGCAUGGUAUAUGCCCUGGAGAUGCGUGCCCGCGACAUGCCCAAGAGCUAGUGGCCAACCUCCCAUCGCAUAGCCAAUUAGUUUAAUAUUUAUUGUAUUGUCUUUGUCCCCCCAUUAUUAUUAUUAUUUUUAUUAUUAUUAUAAUAAUUGUUAUCAUGUCGUCUUGGCGCUAGUUGUGUAAGCUAUUUAUUAAACGAUUGUUUGGAUGGAGAAGGAUGAUGGAUUCGAGUCAGUCGAAGCUGGGAAAAAUUCGUUAGUAUUAAGCAAGCUAUGCUACGGAAACAGAGAAAAAUACAAGAACUAGAUCGGAUAAACGCCGCCUGUUAUCGGAUAAUGCUGUAUCUUCUGGUUAGCAAAUAAGUUAUUUAUCCCUGUGAUAUGUUUAAUAAAGAGAAUUUUAUAUUUGUAA